AGUUUUGGCAUGCCGUGCUGUGCACCCCGACGUGUAAGCAGCGCCAGUUUUCGUUCGUCUUUCGAGUGCUCUGUGUCGUCGCGUAGGGGGCGGCGCGUGCGAGUCAUAAACAGAAUAAAUAUCAGCCACGUUGGAUACAAAAUCGAAAGCACUUCGAACAUUCACCGCGCACAUACCAUACCGUUGGGUGGGUGAGCAGUUGACAGUUGACGAAUGGAAUAUUUAAAUUCCAUAAAAGUUAUUAUAAUUAUUGUUGGUGCCGGUCGACCGGAAGCAUUGUUCAUUGUCGAUUCUUGAAAAACCUGUUAAGUUCAUUUGUACAUUGAUUAGCCGCUGAACUGUCACACCGCUUCUGCUGCAGUAUACCUAUGCACUGGUGCAAGCUGUGUCGACUAAACAGAAUUCGCGGCAAACUGCUUGCAUUGCAGUUGUGCUUGUUGUUGUUGAAGCGAUAUUAGCGCGGCGGCGAACCUUAUCUGCUGGCGAAAGUAAAAAGGUUAAAUAUUGCUAAAUGCUUAUGUUGAACUAAAACCAAAUUACAGUGAAUAAAUACACUCAAAAAAGUUGGAAUUGAAAAAGUAAAUUAGUAAUCCGGAAGCUUGUGCAGUGUUUUGAUAUACUUUAGCAAACACAUUUGAAAAAAGCCUCAUAUUUAGCCGCAAAUCAGCUCUGGUUUAAAAGUGAUCAAAAAAUCCAUUUGAAUAUGCUGCGCACAAUUCCCAUUAAACUGAUUGCCCGGAGCGGCGAAAGGCGGAGAAAUGAUCGGCGAAACUACAAAAAAAAUAUCGGCUACAGCUUUGUGAUAACCGUAUAUGCUAUAGUUGCAAUCCUCGGCAGCGACCUGGUGGCUGGCGUUCGUGGUGAGGAGUGCGGCCAAGAGGAGUUUACGAAAUGUGCUGAGCCUUUGGAUAUGCUACAUUUAACCUCCGAAUUAUCCAUCGGUGCUGCCAAGAAGGACGAACUGCUUAAACUUUGCAAUGAACUGAAAAAGGGCGUUCGUUGCAUCCAGAGUUACACGCGGCGCUGCAUGCCGCUGCAGCAAAGAAACCAAUUCAAUAAAUUGUAUCACGGCACAAAUCAAUUCAUUCGUGACCUGUGUAACGAAGGCGAGUUUCAGGAUGAAUACUUAAAGCAUGCCCACUGUUCUGAAAUAGCCAAAAAGGAAUUUGAGGGUUGCGCCAACCGCUAUAAGGAAACAAUGGUGUUUUUGAAGCCCAAUAAGAACCAGGAGAGCCACGAGAACAUCACUUUGAACGAAAAUAUAAAAACGAUUUGUUGUUCAAUCAAUGAGUUGGUGGAUUGUUCUGAAGAUGCAGCACGUAAGAUAUGCGGUCACGACGCGGCGAAAUUCACUCGUGAACUGGUUGAUAAAUACGCGCACAGUCUAACGAAGAUAUACUGUGAGGAUUUCACACGGCAUCCGGAAAUGUGCCAUGAUGGACUUAGCGAUGACGGUGUGUCCCGAUAUCAGUCGCAUCUCGGCCGAGCGUUUCAGUUUAUAAUUUCAGGCGUCGUUGUAGCAUUUGGAGCACACAUGCGUAUUAGAUAGAUGAAAAGUGUGGCAACGUAAAACUGCAGAAAAUACUUUGCUGCUUUCCUUUUUUCUAAGAUAUUACUUAUAACCUCUUAAUUAUUUGAGGGCAGCGAACUUUUUUUCAUUCUUUUGGGAAGCGGACUUAUACAGUUAUAAAUACAAGUGAAUUAAGAGAUUACGGCACGUAGCUGUAUAUUUUAUGUUAAAAAAUCAAAAAAAGAAGGAAAUGUUGCAAUGUAUUAGAAAAUAAGAAGAAACACACACAGAUACACAUCUUAGUGUUUAAAUGGGAUUAAUGUAAUGGAUAUAUACAAAUAUUAUGUUAUUAGCAGAGUGUCGAAUGAAGUGUCAGAUGGAUGCGUGAGGAGUAGAAGAGUAUAAAAUGUGCGGUAUUAGAAAUUAUAGUUAAAAUUAAAAUUUAGGGCACAGGAAGCCCAAAUUAAAAGAAAAUUACCAACACUCAUACAAAAUUACACGUUUAGAGUACCAACAAGACCAAAAAGUAUACAUUACAUACCUACAUAUACACAAAUUAAUUAUAAAGUAUGUUAGACUUAGUAGAAACAUAUUGAAUUUACUUGUAUUUGUAUGCACUUGUUUAUUAAAACGAUAUAAAGAAUAAAUUAAAAUGAAUUGUGAAAUGAAAAUUGCAAAAUUUGGCAUGAAGAUAUUACGUCGGGUUAUGUGAUUUAUCACGUGGCAAUACAUACACACAUAUAUGCUCGUAUAUGAGUACUUGUUUUGCUUUUAGCUUUUCUCUGGCACAAAGAGAAUUUGUGAAAUGUUUCACAUCAUUGGAGAUAACAUUUUUAAGCGAAUAAAUGUAUUAAAUUAAUUUAGUUGUAAGUUAUUAAAUUUGAUUAAAUUUUUUUGUAAUGUAAUGGAACUUAGAUAUAAAAGUAACAAAUCAAGUCGAUGGUGUUCCUUUUAACGUUUACUUGUCCCUAUAAAUAGAAGAUUAUCCAAGUUUUUGCGGAAGUUCGUGCGGCAGAAAAAAUGAACUGAUGAAACAAGUGGUGUCUGAUGAAAGAAACAGUGCAUGAAGUCUAACUGAAACAGAUAAUGAAAAUAAUAAUGCUUUGCACCAGUUUUUUUUUUUACAAAAAUUCUUAUAAAAGAAAAAUAUAAUUUUAAAAUAUUUCGCACUGUUGUCCACACUCAAGGGAGAUUCACAUGUAGUUUCAAUGUUGCAUCCUAUAAAAGUAAAGAAGGGCUUAUAGCCGACUUCGGUUCGGCCAACUAAUGAAGUUGGUGAAAUACUUGAGAGCACAUACCAGUUUUCAAGAAUUGGUACUGUUAUAGACCAGCGAGGUAAUUAAAUGUAAAUUAAUUUUAUAUGAAUUGUGGUUGCUGAUAUUAAAUUCGUAUAAGCUGCACAUUGGCAUUCGAAGUAAAUUUUGUUUUUCAAAAUUCUUAAAAAGAUUAUCCUUUUGAGAGGUUUCAAUUAAUUAAUAGCUAAUUGUAUUCGAAAGUGACAAAUCCGAUAUGUUGGUUUAAUUCUUUUAAAGCCUCACUAUUUUUGUUGUGAUCAGCAGUCCGUGGCUUCUUUCUGUACUAUACGUACAUAUGCCAAAUGAAAGAUUUAUCCAAAAUACCAGACAAGUUUGUUUAGAAGUCUAGAUAAAGUGCUUCUAAAUUUUUCGCGACAGAAGCCAUUUUCAGCAUGCUAGCUAUAAUGCAGCACUGAGCAAUGGUUGUAGGCUUUUAGACUGGGGUUUGGUAAUAUGUUUUAAUGGAAAUACGGUUACGGUAGAGAAGAUGCAGAAAGACAGACGCAAAAAACAAAAUAAUCAACCUCGUCGAAGGUUAUAACGACUUUCUGAGUUUCUAUCCUUAAACCCUACGCACAAACUUGAGACACUUCCAUUUUAAAUACAUAAUUAUCAUAUUUCAAUGUGAUCUACCUUUAGACCCAACCCAUUUAAUCUGCAUUUAUCAAACAAUGAAAUUUUUUGCACGAAUUUUUUAGCCUAGACCAGCGAAUGAGUUUCGUGGGUUAUAUAAAGUCAAAUAUAUAUUUUAGUAUAAUAAUUCAAUUGAGAAUUAUUAAUUCAUAGUGCUUUCUGUAUGUAUGUGUAAUCUAAACAUACAUUUAUAAAAUAAAAAAUAAUAAUUUAUAGAAAUAAAAAUAAAAGUAAAAAAGACAGCACUUAUUGUUAUUAAUAAUGCUAAUUUUCACAAAUUAUAACACAAAGAAAAUAUAGAAACUUAUGUAGUUGUUGAAAUUCACAUGUUGCAAGUAUGUAUUCUAUGCUCAUAAUUUAUACAGUUAUCUUAUGGUAAUUAGUUCGUUGUUAAGAUCCGUGCCAUUUGUUUUCUAACUAAUAACUAAUACUUAGUACACUUAUGGCCACAGCGUAUUAAGCAAAAUUUUAUUCAACACACGAAAGUUCAAUGAGAAUUUUACACAGCAAGUAGCAAUGCAAAAUUGAAUAACAAAAAAUAACAAAAAUAAAAGCAAUGUCGUUGCCCGAUAUUGAAAUACAGUCAAUUACGAAUGUGUUACAUUUAUCGGUAACCAAAAUCA